GUUUCAGUCAUGGCCAUGUCUCUCUGUGACGACACUCUCCUGUGUAACUUCCCCAAGUGUCGGACCAAACUGAGCGGCUUUGCGUGGGUCACGGCCUGUUCGCAUGUUUUCUGUGACCAACAUGGGUCUGGUGAGUUCAGCCGCUCUCCCGCCAUCUGCCCAGCAUGCACCUCUGCACUGUCUGGGAAACUGGACAUUGUGAGGACUGAGCUGUCACCGUCUGAGGAUUACAAAGCCAUGGUACUGGCCGGGUUACGACCCGACAUCAUUCUGGACAUCAGCUCCCGGGCUUUGGCCUUCUGGAGUUAUCAGGUCCAUCAGGAGCAUUUGUAUCAGGAGUACAGCCUGUCCCGGGCUGAGGCUCAACUGAAGCAGAUGGACAAGGUUCUGACCCAACAGAACCAGGCCAGAGAGCUGGAACUCACCGCCAUGAGGGGUGAGAUAUCCUCCCUGAAGAAGGUGAUGGAGGAGUAUAAGAGGAAAUACAGCGAGGUGUCGGAAAGGCUGAUGGAGAGGAACCGACAGUACCAGAAACUCCAGGGACUCUACGUCCUGAGGCUCAGGAACAUGGUGGUGGGCGGAGACCGGGACAUACCACAACCAGAACCCCAGGACUUCAGCACCGGUCUGGCCCAGAUGGCCACGCCCCAACAGAACCCAUCCUUUAUGACCUCGGUCCACGAUGCCGACACCAGGUUCUUCUCUUGCCCGGACCCCGACACUGCCAAACCCUUUUUCCAUUUCAACUCCCCAGUCCAGGACCGAGGCCGGACCCUGUUUAAGAAGCCCUGAGACGAACGCCAGACCAGAUAAGACCAGCAGAAUGUUCUUUGGGGUCGAGUUAAUGUGAAGACAUGAUUAGAUGAAAUUAUAAAUGUGUUGAUUUCUCAGGAGUUAAAGAGUUACUGUGGCGGUAGGAGCAGUUUGUUACCGGUCUGUCAUCAGAAACAGAUUUAACCAGUUUAGAUUCAGGAAGGAAGGACCAUUAAAGCCACAGUGAGGAUUAAAAACAAUCUGAUACAUCGAGAAUAAACUCAGUGUGUCAAAGCAGUUAAAGGAUACACAACUACAAGAACAAAGUCAUAAUAUCUCCAGGACAAAGUCAUUAGAUUUGGAGAAGAAAUUCAUCAUAUUUCAAGAAACAAGUCAAAGGUUACAAGAAUAAAAUUGUAAUGUUUUGAGGAAAAAACAGUAUUAUAAAAGAAUAAAACUGCAGUAUCUUCAAAACAAAGUCAGUGUAUUUUAGGGUAGAACUUCAUCAGAAUAU